GCUGCGGGAGGGAAGAGGAGGAGGGCGCUGGGCGGCCCGGUCUCGGCAGCCCCAUCCGCGCUCCCCCUGCCCACCCCCGGCCAUGAAUAUGUAACUCCCUUCUAUUUCCCGAGCUCCAUUGCGGAGGCUACUGCUCGCCAUAUUGUGCUGCUGGGGCUGCGGCUUCUCCGCCGGCGAGAGAGAGAGGGCGGAGGGAGCGAGCGAGCGAGCGAGCGGCGCAGUGAGGCGCGGCGGCCUGAGGCGGGAGCCCGGCGGGCGCCAUGUCUCAAGCUGUGCAGACAAAUGGGACGCAGCCUUUAAGCAAAACGUGGGAGCUCAGUUUGUACGAACUGCAAAGAACACCUCAGGAAGCGAUCACUGAUGGCUUGGAAAUCGUGGUGUCACCAAGGAGCCUGCACAGUGAGCUGAUGUGUCCCAUCUGUUUGGAUAUGUUAAAAAACACCAUGACCACAAAAGAAUGUUUGCAUCGCUUCUGUGCUGACUGCAUCAUCACAGCCCUCAGGAGUGGCAACAAAGAGUGUCCCACGUGUCGUAAAAAGCUAGUUUCAAAAAGAUCACUGAGACCAGAUCCCAAUUUUGAUGCUCUCAUCAGUAAAAUUUAUCCAAGCCGGGAUGAAUAUGAAGCUCAUCAGGAGAGGGUGCUGGCAAGAAUCAGCAAGCACAAUAACCAGCAGGCUUUAAGUCACAGCAUUGAGGAAGGAUUAAAGAUUCAGGCUAUGAACAGGCUACAGAGGGGCAAGAAGCAGCAGAUUGAGAACGGCAGCGGAGCAGAAGAUAACGGUGACAGCUCACACUGUAGCAAUGCCUCGACACACAGCAAUCAGGAAGCAGGGCCUAGUAACAAGAGGACCAAAACAUCGGAUGAUUCCGGGCUAGAACUGGACAAUAACAACACAACUGUGGCCAUAGACCCCGUAAUGGAUGGUGCUAGUGAAAUCGAGUUAGUCUUCAGGCCUCAUCCAACCCUCAUGGAGAAUGAUGACAGCGCACAGACGAGGUACAUCAAGACCUCGGGCAACGCCACCGUUGAUCACUUGUCCAAGUACCUGGCUGUGAGACUGGCUUUGGAGGAGCUUCGCAGCAAAGGAGAGUCAAACCAGAUGAACCUGGACACGGCCAGCGAGAAGCAGUACACCAUCUACAUCGCCACUGCCAACGGGCAGUUCACUGUAUUAAAUGGGUCGUUUUCCUUGGAACUGGUCAGUGAGAAGUACUGGAAAGUGAACAAACCCAUGGAACUGUACUAUGCACCAACAAAGGAACAUAAAUAAGCUGCGCUGGGAAACUCCUACGGGACUGGCUCUUUUUAUAGCUCUGACUUCUUUAAUCUUAAAAGAAGGCACCACCAUUAUCUUCAUGGACAAAUACACAUGAUGCCUUCAGGCUCCCUCAGUAUACUUAUUAAUAUGAUUAGACAGUAUUCUGGGUUGUAUUUAAUUUAGUCUUUGGGUUUUUUGGUUUUUCCCUAGGAGACUAAAUGACCUACUCCAGUGCAUUCCAGUGUUUGACAUGCUUUUUCCUUUCUAAUGCAUGAGAACUGAGCGAGUGUUCCACUUUGGAAUGUCUUCAUUUCGUCCAGGUACAUCUGGAUUUCUGAUACAUUUGACACAGUUACAGUAGCCUCUGUGAAGUAUUGAGCAUUGGAUGACUAAGGAAGGCUAUUCAAUAGUAACACACGCCAAGGAACGUGUUAAAUGUUGUGAUUUGCUAAUGGUUAUCCUUAUAAAAGGUCAGUAGAGAAUGGAUUUCUGAUGGCAUCGUGGCUAGAAGGCAUCUGACUGCCCAGAAAAGAUUUAUUAGUCACUUUCUUAUGAACAAAUAGAGCUGUACUGAGAAAACUGACAUCCUAAAACCUUGCUGUUUUACUGGGCUUAAUACUUCAGUGCAAGGUGAUUCAAGAGAUGGGUUUGCUUUUUAAUGAAUUUCAGGCAAAACAACCCAAAUCCAUAACUCAUCCCCGUGUGGAACACACACACUGUAGCUUCUUCUCCGGCCCCUGUUGCAGUGGUAAUCUGUCCUCACAAGCUUCAUUGAAGAAAAGCUGGAAGUUUUACAGCCCUACUCUGUUCCCUAGAAUAACAGAUUUUUAUUGUGAAUGUAUUAGAAUGUUCUCUAAAGAACCGUCCUGAAUUUUAUUUUUGUUUUGUUUUUAAUAAGCAAAUCCCAGAAAUUCCAGCACACAGACAUCAAAUGCAACAUUGAAAUGCUUUUGCUUCAUGGAAUUUGUGCCACCCCAGCUGUGGGCUUAUCCGGGCUUCCAUUUGAGUAAGGAAGGAGGACUUCAACCAUAAGCUGCUCGAGGAUUUUUUUAUUCUUUUUUUCCCCCCAUAGCUUUAACAAACGUGGCUUAGCACUUUGGAAGACAAUUUUAGUACUUGACGGAGUUUACCAUUUAGUGUCUUAAAUUUAGGUUGAAGUUUUAAAGCUUGCCAGCAGGCUGCUGGGCAGAGUCCAGUGGCUGCUGUUGGUUUGCAUCUUCCACUUCCCUCCCCUCCCUCUGGGCUUUGCUGCAAGACUUGCCCAUGGAGCCUCCCCCCCUUUGCAUCUGAAGCUCCAAGCAAAAAAUAUCACUGAUUAAUUGAUUAAUAGGUGAGAAAUAAUACUACUUUAAACCACGUGGCUUGUCUUGCCCAUAGUUAAGACCGUUUUGGGCACGUGGUGUGUAAGAAUUCAGGUGCUGGGGGAUUCCCUUGGGAAGGAAGUACCUUUCCAGCCUUUCUGUCUUUCAAGCCAAGCACUUGUAAAUAUGUGUCCAUUCCAGCUGCUGGUUCAGAUCAGCUUUAUCCCAAUGUGAAAACUGCACAGGCUUCUUUGAGUAACUUAUUUUACUUAUUAUUUUUUUUCUUCUUUCUGGAAAGACUUGCUCUUUUCUUUUUUUUUUUGGUGACAGGGAACAGAAGUUUUCAGGCCCCAGAACACAGAAAGGGGGCAGUUUGAAAGGAAAUGUGUUAUUUGUGACCUUCUGGUGAACCGUUGCGUUGUCUAGACUAGUAGUGCAUGUCCAUGAAUAUAACCUUGAGGGGGGUGGGGGAGCGGUGAUGAUUAUAAAUGCUUUCAAAUUGAUGGGUGAACUUCUAGAUUAGUGGCAGCCUACCUUCCCAGCGUGGUAGUGAAGGUAACGUCCAGUCCCUUGAGCAAGAGAGGUGUUUGUGAAGCUGAGCAGUCUGGCCAGGAGCUGGCUGUCACUUUGUCCCCAGUUCCUCAAGAAGAGUGGGGGGAGAACGUGAAGCUUUUAUUUUCAUGUUGUAGUGAAUUUCCUGAAUAUUUAUGUUCCUUAAAUAUUAUCUAUAUAAUGUAGUUGUUUGAUUAAACCAUUGAUUGCACUGUGACUCUUUAGUGCUAUAAACUAUUUUAUUUUCAAAAUGACUUUACUCUUCCACCUUUUAAAGCCAUAUUAUUUUUAAAUUGCAUGUGUUAGGUCCAAGUAAGCCUGAUAUAGCUCGAGUGUCCGACUGAAGUCACACUGAAAUUCUCAAAUUGACAAUAAAAGCAAAAAAUGUUACCAACAACCUA